AUGGCUUCUAGACACGGAGAUUAUUUUUUUAAAGUUACAAUACUGUUUAUAUUAUUCUCUGUCACACUUACUAACGAUUUACGUGGGAAUUAUUCUGAGCCAGGUUCUUCAGAAUGUACAACCCAAGAAUGUUCAAUAGUUCGAUUGAAAUCAUCUUUGAAUUUGGUGGAAAGAAUGAAUUCAAGUGCAGAUCCUUGUGAUAAUUUUUAUAAGUACGCCUGUGGUAAUUUUGAGCUUCCUAAUAAAUCAUUUGGGAGUUUGAUUGAACGAUCGCACAGUGAAUAUGGACGAUUGCGAGCCAAAAUGCCAGAAAAAAUCAACAAAAUGAUAAUGGCGACAUUAAAUACAUCGAAGAAUUUCAAACCGCAAAAAUUAAUUAAAAAUCUUUACUCAUCUUGCAUAAAUCCGGAAGGAAAAGAUCAUAACAGUAGUGACGAUAUACAAUUUUUAAGACAACAGUUGAUGGAAUUAGGUGAUUGGCCAGUACUGAAAGGAAAGGAUUGGGAUGAAAGUAAUUUCCACUGGCUGAAGAUCGUCAAUUCAUCACAUCGGAUGAAUAAUUUUUAUGAGGCAUUCUUGAAGUUCGGAGUAACUUAUUAUAAAAAUAACACUCACGCCUUUUUUUUUGAAGCACCAUCCUUCGAAUUUUCAUACCACGAAUCAACAGAUCAAAUUAGAAUGAAAAUCGACGCUUACUAUAAUUAUAUGGUUCGUAUUUCCGAAUUACUUGGAGCUGAACAGCAACUUUCGAGAAAAGACCUCUGGGAUUCUGUGAGAUUUGAAUUUAAGCUAUUCGAUAACAUCUAUAACUUAACAUCUGAUUCAUCGAUCAGCAACACAACAAUAACUAAUGAAAUGUCUGUUGCUGACAUAAUUGAUCGUUGGCCUUCCGUUGAUUGGACAGAAUUUUUCAACACAACAACGCAACCAUUUGUUGAAAUUAACAACGCGACAAUGAUCAUACUGAAGGAUAGCUUCGUUUAUAUAGAAAAUCUCAUCAGAAUCCUAAGUAACACUCCCAAGCGAAUUCAGGCUAAUUAUGGUCUGUGGAAAAUGACUGAAAAAAUGGUACCGUAUAUAAAAAACUCAACGAUCAAAAUAUCAUUUCGUCAUAAUGAAAUGAUACAAAAUAGAGUUCAUCCUACCGAAAAUUACCAGUGCUCACGUUUAGUACAAGAUUUGUUACCAACUAGCAUUGAUGCUUUAUAUGUGCGGGAAUAUUUAGAUGAGCGAGUAAAACCUGUAGUUACAAAAAUGUUAACCGAAAUAAAGAGCAAAUUGAUAGCUAUUUUGGGUUCUGUUGGGUGGUUUGACGAAGAAACACGAAGAAAUGCGAUUGAGAAAGUUGAAGCUAUUAAAAAUAUCGUUGCGUAUCCUGAUGGGUUGAUGGAUGAUGAAAAGAUAGAAGAAUACUACGCUGACCUUGCUAAUCUUGAAGCUAGUAGUUUUCUGGAAAAUGUUGUACGAUUAGAGAAAUUCAGGUGGAAAGAUCAAAUAGAAGUAGUGAAACUUCCCUAUAAUGUGUACUAUAGGACUUACAUGAAUUAUACCAUCACUCGUAUAAUUGAUGUUAAUGCAUACUACUUACAGUGGAUGAAUUCAUUAGAGAUACCUGCUGCAGAGCUUCAAGGCAUAUUUUUCGACAUUAACCGUCCCAGUUACAUAAAUUAUGGAUCUAUGGGGACGAUUAUUGGCCAUGAGAUAGCUCAUGCAUUGAGUUAUAACAGUCGAAAGAAUGACAAAAUCGGGUAUCUAAAUGAUUGGUGGACUAAUGAAACAGACAAAAAAUAUCGUGAUAAAGCACAGUGUUUUGUUAACCAAUAUAGUAAUUAUACUAUUGAAGGACUUGAUCAGAAAAUGAAUGGCACAAGAACUCUAGAUGAAAACUUUGCGGAAAACAUUGGCGUGAGAAUAGCUUAUCUUGCCUAUCAAGAUUGGGCAAAGAGAAAUGGACCUGAACCAAGCCUACCUGAAAUGUCUUCAUACACUUCCAAUCAAUUGUUUUGGUUGUCUUACGCGAGUAGUUGGUGUACUUCACUUCUACCCACAGAAAUAAAAGCCGAAAGUGAGGAUAUACAUCCGCCGUCCAGCUCUCGGAUUGUUGGAUCGCUUUCGAAUAUACCAGAAUUUGCGCGUGAUUUCAAUUGUCCUUUAGGUUCCAAUAUGAAUCCUAAAAACAAGUGUGUCCUUUUUUAA